GUGCUACGGGCACUCGCUUUUUGCAUCCUCCGGCCAACACUUCCCCUUUCAUUGGGCCACGAGAGGGAGAACAAGUAAGAAUUGGUGAGCAAAAGUUAAGGGUUUUUAUUUUAACCCUUUUUUAGUGUUGGAAUUCUUCUCUUGACUCUGAGCCAGUUUUAGUAUAUGAACGUGCUGUGUUUGAUCAAUGGAAGAUAUGGGAUAUUAGUAAAACUAGGUAUGGCUAACAUAUCAGUUUAUUGAUUGAGGAUUAUAGGUUCCCAUUUAUGUGAUUUGGGUAUCUGGGUAUUGCUCAAAGGUUGAUAGAGUCUAGAUAUUUUUGAUUCCCAAGUUAUUGAUGAUAAGGGUUUUGGUUUCUAAGUGAUUCUGUGAUCUGGGUUUAGUUCAAAAAGAGGUUUUUCUUAUUUUGGUUCGAGUGGUAAAUUGUUUUAGUGAUUUAGUUUCUGUUUAUAACCAGAACUGUCAUACUGUUGUGUGUGGCUCCGGGAAGGUUACUCAGUCUUGAAGUAAGGAAGAUUGGUUGGUAACGUUUGGUGAUUGAAUGGAUUGGAAUUCUAAAGUUUGUAAGUUGGGAAAGGUUUCAUGAAAGUAAAGAUUUUGAUGUGUGAAUUUAGAGGACUAGACAGGGAAUUAUCAUAUUGAUUUGGGUAACAUACUUGAUGGUGACCACUUCGCCAAGGCCAAAUUCCUCUCCUUCUGCAGUGCCACUGCCUUCUAACGGCAGUCCACAACCACCCUCUACCAGUGCUCCACUGCCACAGAACUCUCCUCCUCCUCAAUCUCCUACACCUUCCCCACCUCAGCCUAGUGCAAACCCACCAGGCCCCUCAACUCGGUCCCCUCCUCCUGCAGCUACACCACCACCUCCUCGACGGGCCAUUGCAUCACCACCCCCUACAUCCCCACCUCCAUCAAAUCCCAGUUCUCCAGCACCAGCACCAGCACCAGCACUAGCACCAGCACCGUCAAAUCCAGCUCCUCCACCACCAACACCAAAACCAUCACCGGAACCUCUACCAAAUUCACCACCUCCAUCACCAGCUGGCAAUAAUCCAUCUUCACCCCCACCCACUUCUCAACAUAAGCGCCCAUCAUCUGGAAAAAGUUCGGCACCACCUUCUCAUGUUCCAGAUACUCCAGCUGUAAAUAAUUCUCAUCCUGGAGCAGAAAGCUUAAACCCUAGUAUUAGUGAUAGAGAUGCAGUUGCCAUUGGCAUAGCUGUAGUGAUCAUAGUGCUUUGCCUUAUUGGUCUUGCUGUCUGUUGCUUGAGGAAACGGAAGAGGAAGCUUACGAGACUCAAUGCUGCUUAUGUUAUGCCAUCCCCUAUAGGUUUUUCCUCUAGAUCAGAUUCAUUCCUAAUAAAGAUGGGCUCCUCAGCUCCCAUUGUGGGGAGUAGUUCUGGGAGUAACAUGAGCUCACCUAAAGGACCUGGUGGUUUAGGCAAUUCGAGGACAUGGUUUACAUACGAAGAAUUAGUAAAAGCCACAAAUGGGUUUUCAGAACAUAAUCUUUUGGGUGAAGGCGGAUUUGGUGGUGUGUAUAAAGGGAGCUUACCAGAUGGAAGGGAAGUGGCUGUAAAGCAGCUAAAGAUUGGUGGGGGGCAGGGAGAGAGAGAAUUUAAAGCUGAAGUUGAAAUUAUUCAUCGCAUACACCAUCGCCAUUUGGUUUCACUUGUGGGAUACUGCAUAUCUGAGAACCAAAGACUGCUCGUUUAUGAUUAUGUCCCUAAUAAUACCCUUUAUUUCCAUCUUCAUGGAAAAGGUAGGCCAGUUCUAGAUUGGGCAACACGCAUUAAAAUUGCUGCUGGUGCAGCUCGUGGGAUAGCUUAUCUUCAUGAAGACUGUCAUCCUCGUAUUAUUCACAGGGAUAUCAAGUCAUCUAACAUUCUUUUAGAUAAAAAAUUUGAAGCUCGGGUUUCAGAUUUUGGACUUGCAAAGUUAGCUCUUGAUACAAAUACACACAUAACAACACGUGUUAUGGGAACUUUUGGAUACAUUGCCCCUGAAUAUGCAACGUGUGGCAAAUUGAGCGAGAAAUCUGAUGUAUUUUCUUUUGGAGUUGUGCUUUUGGAGCUGAUUACUGGACGGAAGCCUGUAGACACAUCUCAGCCCUUGGGAGACGAAAGUCUGGUUGAAUGGGCCCGACCUUUGCUGACUAAUGCACUGGAUACUAAGGAAUACGGAAGUCUGGCAGAUCCAAGGCUUGGUGGAAACUAUGUUGAAAGUGAAAUGUUUCGAAUGGUUGAGGCUGCUGCAGCUUCUGUCAGACAUUUAGCUGCAAAGAGACCACGCAUGGGACAGAUUGUAAGGGCUCUUGAAAGCUUAGCUACUGUGGAUCUAUCUAAUGGAAUGAAAGUUGGUGAAAGCGAGGCAUUUAACGCUGCACGGCAAUCUGAAGAAAUCAGAUGGUUUAGGAGGAUGGCCUUCAGUGGUCAAAAUUACAGUACAGAUUGUUUUAGUGAAUAUGAACGUGUUGAGGCUUGAGAGAUGAAUUCAUCUAAAAUCAGAGAGUUUGCAAGAUGAACUAAAGACCUACUCAAGUUGGAAAGAUCCGCAGAAUUGCCCGCCAGAGACAUUGGUUAUCCUAUCCCGGGCAUUAUGCAUUUACGCUUACUUACAAGGUGAUUCAUCUGUCUCCAUACAUGUUUCUGGCUUCUUUUAGUAGGCUCCAAAUAUACUGUGCUUCUUUUUUUCUGGAAAAAAAAUUCUAAUGAAAUUCCCUUAUCUUGUAAUUACUCCAUUCUAAUUUUGUUCCAACACUUACUGAUAGUAAAGUUUAUAUAUAGGUUUUUUCGUUUUCCCCUAAAUUUGUUACCACUACAAAUUCCAAAUGUAUAAAAAGAAAGAAAAAAA